AUGCUAACGAGCCGGUGCGUAUUCAUCACAGCGGUGCUGCAACUACUAAUCUCGUUCCCGGCGGUCGCCGGGGAACCACGAAUCGGGCUGCCCGGCUGCCAGACCAGCUGCGGCAACGUGAGCGUGUUGUACCCGUUCGGCAUGGGACCGAAGAGGUGCUACUGGCCGGGUUUGAAGCUCACCUGCGACGACCGCGGAAGCAAACCCCCGCGGCUGCUCUUUGGUGAUGGUGGCGCUGGUGCAUUCGAGGUGGUCGAGAUUUCCCUAGAGAAGCUCACGAUGCGCGUAGUCAGCCACAAACUACAAGCCAUCAACAUCAACAUGAGCAGCGGCGGCUCUGGCCGGUUGAGCCUCGGUUACACCGAGGCCAUCGGCGGGGCGCCGUACUUCCUGCAGCAGGGGGGCAACGAGAUGAUCCUCACCGGGUGCAACGUGCAGGCGACACUGCGGUGUAACGGAAAUAUCGUCAAUCGGUGCGCCUCCUUCUGCCCCAUAUUUACUGACGACAAUGGUAGUCCGCUCCCCGCCCAGUAUUUCGCCGCAGACUACAACUCCAACAGCUGCUCCAACUUGGGCUGCUGCCAGUCGUCCAUCUUGUCCAGCAGCACGUCCUAUGAUGUCGAGGUCAAUCGGCUCGGCGAUUGCCUGCGGUACGGCCCUGUGCCCGACCCGUUUCCCGACGAUGUUCCAAUGAAUGUGCUCAUCGCUGAGGAGGGUUGGUUCUACCCGGAGAAUGUCAUAAAUGUUCCCUCGUGGCCCACCGUGAUUUUCCGGUGGGCGGUGCCGCAUGGUGCCGCGAUCCCGGUGGGGCCGUGCCCCGACGAGGCAGCCCGGAGCAUCUGCAAGAGCACCCAUAGCUAUUGCACACAAGAGUGGUCAAAUAUACAGUCGGGGACUAUUCUUGCCAGUGCAACUCCCGGCUACACCGGCAACCCUUACCUCACCUAUGGAUGCCAAGAUAUCCAUGUGUGUGAUCAGAAAGAAAAACAUGGCUGCUUCGGCCAUUGUGAGCGACUGCCCGGAUAUGUUAGCUGCCGGUGCCCAGAAGGAACCAAUGGCAACUACUCCAUACCCGGGGGCUGUGUCGCAGACACAAACACAGGUAACUUGGCCUUAAUCAUUGGUUUGUCGGCUGCAAGUGGCCCAUUCAUUCUACUUUUGGUUCUUUGCAUACUCGUAUUGUCAAGUGAUUUUAAGGAACAAAAGCUGAGGAUGUUGAGACGGAAGUUCUUAACUCAAAUCCGUGGACAACUGCUGAAGCAGUUGGUAUCUCAUAGGGCAGACAUCGCAGAGAGGAUGCUCAUUUCGUUAGAAGAGCUACAGAAGGCUACCAACAAUUUUGAUCAAGCUCGAAGGCUUGGUGGUGGAGGGCAUGGCACUGUCUACAAAGGGAUCUUGUCAGACUUGCAUGUUGUGGCUAUAAAGAAGUCAAAUAUUGUUGUCAAAAGAGAAACUGUCGAGUUCAUCAAUGAAGUUGCGAUACUCUCACAGAUCAACCAUAGGAAUAUUGUAAAGCUUCGUGGGUGUUGCCUCGAGAUAGAAGUCCCUUUAUUGGCAUACGAGUUCAUUUCCAAUGGAACACUUAGUGAUCAUCUUCACACGGAAGAACCAAGAUCGUUAACUUGGAAAGAUAGGUUAAGGAUCACAACCGAAACAUGCAAAGCUCUUGCAUACCUUCACUCUGUUGUUUCAGUGCCCGUAAUACAUAGAGAUAUCAAGCCUUCCAACAUACUUCUUGAUGAUGCCUUGACAGCAAGAGUGUCAGACUUUGGAGCUUCAAGGUACAUUGCCAUGAAUCAAACAGGAACAACAACUGCAGUGCAAGGAACUAUAGGUUACUUGGAUCCUACAUAUUAUUAUAGCAGACGCCUCACAGAAAGUAGUGAUGUUUAUAGCUUUGGAGUUCUUCUUAUUGAAUUGCUUACUAGGAGGAAGCCAUCUUUGUAUAGAUCCAAUGAAGGCGUUGGGCUUGUCAUAGAUCCAAUGAACCGGGACUAA